UUAAAAUUUAGAUCUAGAUUCAGAUGUCAAGAUUUAAUCGAGAAUGUCUAGACUCUAAAGAGAUCUAACCCUAAAAGACUAUAUUAACAUGUAAAUGUUAAGAAAUAAUAACUACAUCUAUUUUUAAUAUUUAGUUUCUGUUUAACACUUGUAGUAAAUUCGACUUAAGAAAACAAAUAGCAUGUCUAUCAAACGAGAAGUGGCACAUGGGAUCAUUCACGGACUGAGUGACUUCUGGAAAUGCGAAGAACUGCAAGAUUUUACUAUCACGCUUGGUACAACACAGUUUGGGUGUCACAGGUUUCCUCUGGCAGCUUGUUCUGGGUUUUUUAGAGGACUUUUUAGAUCCGGCAUGAAAGAAACGGAAUUGAAGACUGUCAACUUUGAAGAUAUAUCUAGCGAAACUUUUUUGAGUUGAUCCUGGAAUCUAUCUACACUGGACAUGGUGUUUUGACAAAUGACAAUGUCAUUGACAUCUGGAGGGCUGCCGAUAAGCUGCAGAUAGUUUUUCUGAUCACUGAAUGUGAUAAAAUCUUUGUCUUUAGAAAACUAUAUUGAAUAUUAUCAAAUUGGCAGCCUCUUAAAUUCUCAAUCGGUAACCAAAGCAGCUUGGCCGUACCUUAUAGACAAUUUCAAUUCUUUUUAUAGAACAAGCGCCUUCUUGGAGUCGCCAAUGAAUGAAAUAUUACAUAUAGUUCAGAGUCAGGAUUUAAAAGUCAAUUCAGAACAAGACGUCAUUAAGGCUAUUUUACAUUGGACAGAAUUCAAACCAUCUAGACUACUACACAAUGUUUCAACUAUUCGUGAAAUGAGAUGCAAACGUUUCAAAACUCUAACCAUUAAUAAAUUUGAGAGUAACGAAACAAUUGCCAUUUCAGAUCAGAGUGACUCAAAGCCUCAGAAUAUCUCUUCAGAUAACAGAGAACAAUAUCUGGGAAUUUUGUUAUCCAAAGCCAGAUUAUGCCUAGUAAGUCGUGAAAGUUUAGAAAUGCUGCUCUGUAACCCACUGGUCAGCGAGAACAAGAUGGCCAACGAUGUUGUGAAUAAAGCACUCUUGUACAAAGUUCAAAUCGGGAAAAGAAAUGGCCAAUGGCCAACAGCGGCGAUCCACAGAAAUGAAAGUGACUUUGAAAACGUUGCCAUGACAACGAAACGGAAAGAAAAUGGAGAUCUACUGUUACAGACAAUGUCAUUUCCAAGAAACAAUUUUCUACAUUUAGACGUUCGAUGUUUGAUCGGAAGAGAGUUUGUCGCUUUUUGUACAAUGGACAAUAUCUUAUACUACUUCUUUAUGGCGCAAAAAGAAAAUCAAGGGCAUAAUGCCUCUGUUUACGCUUAUCGAUUAAUCGACAAUGAAUUUAAAGCCAUAAAAAUGUAUCUGGUCCUCAAGUAUGCCAAGUUCUAUGUAACAGUGAUAGAUGACUUUAUUUACAUUCUGCCCAGCAAUGGGAAAGUGAUGGGCAGGCUUCACCCGGUCUCCGAAAGCUUCGUUUCUUUGCCUACUGUACCAGCAGAUCCAACAAUCAAAGACGGCCAAGCAAUAUGUCACGUGAUAAAUUAUGAGCAUAUGAUUCUUGCGUUUUCAAGUGUAUCUGAGAAAGGUGUAGAGACUGUCGUCCAGUGUUAUGAUACGUCACAAAAUAUCUGGACACGUCUCAACAAUCUUGAAGGACCAGCAAAAGGAAUGACCAGUUUUAGAGAUGACCAUUUUACUUACAUUUUACAGUCAAAUGGUGAUCUGUGGAAGAUGGUUAGACCACAAUCAGAUUCUUUAGACUUAGAGUUUGUAGCAAACCUUUGGAGUUGCGACUGGUCACUUGUCGGUGCGAUCACGUUUUUCGAUAAACUCUACAUCUGUGGUGUCCGGUCAGAAAUGCUGUCAAGGGAUCCUAGGUUAAGUAAAUAUUUACCAGGUAUAUUUGGGGAGAUAGUUUACAUCAACAGUGAACUCACUGAAACCGAAAUCUUUCUACCAAUAACACUCCGCCGAAAAUAUAUGUUCUAGCAGGCACACUUACAACUAUUAUGUAUUGAAAUAAUUUGUUAAAAUCUCUUAUUAUACUAUAUUUUGUUUGAUAAGGUUAUAUCAUAGUUAACUUUAAAAUAUUCAGUAAU